UCCAUAGCUUGGCGUUACCUCUUCCUCCGAGCUCGUCAACAUUCCAACCUUCUUCGAAAGCCACGUGCUACCCGAACUACAAAAUCCUGCGGUGGAUCAGCUGCCGGUGAUCAAGGCCGACUGCCUGCGUUACACCAUCACCUUCCGCGGUCUCCUGCCCUCCGCCACCAUACCCGUCCUGGUGAAUCUAGUGCCAAACUUCCUAGCCGCGGCCUCGCCCGUGGUGCACAACUACGCCGCUGUGCUGCUGGAGAAGCUGCUUCUCAUGACUCUGCCUGACCAACCCAUGGACAUAUCUGCCCCGGAGCUGUUGAUUCAACGCCUGUUAGAGACUCUGUCGCGUCAGUGUUCGCUUGAGAGCGUCUACCUUAUGCGGGCCCUGCUUCGUGCAUGCGCCUGUCUCGAGGAGCGUUGCCUGCCCUCGAUGAACGCUCUGGUCCCACAUCUCGUAAACCGACUGAGUCAAGUUGUGAAGGUACUUUCCCUUGUUUGUCCUAAACCAAGAGUUACCCUUAUCGGUCAUCGAGCCUAG